GUUGCCAGACGUCUUUUGUUCGGUUAUUCAGUCUGAAUGCUAUGUCACUCGACGUGUCAGCGCCUACUGUUACUGCGCUUAGUAUAUUCAAAAAAAAUAACUUUUUGUUUUGUGCAACAAUUUAAAAACGAUGGAUUUGCAAGAAAAGUGUGUACCAGCUAGUCCAGCAACCACGCAUUGUUCAGAAUUGGAAUAUUUGAUAGCAUUACAAUCGGAGGAGCAUUUGGGAUCGCAGCCAAGGCGUUCUCAGCGUUUACGAGAUAAAGAGCAAAGUGUAAUAAAAAUGCCCAGCAAAGAAUAUGGCUCACCACAACUUUUUCUGGACACAGAUGAGGAAAUUAUGCAGCUGGCUCAAUUGCCACCUAAGCUUCCCAGAUCUACAAAAACUGUUAAAAGGGCAAUUAAAGCAACUAACUCGGAGAUCCAUAAAGGAACUUCAAGUCAAGCAAAGCGUAGACGUUGUCAAAGUAGUUCUCGGUCAAGAGGUAGUUCAAGAAAACCGGGAAGACCAACUUUGUCGUCUAAACUGAAGUUGAAGACAAAGUCAAUUAAACUGCAUAAUGUCACUAACGUAUGUGAAAGUUAUUAUAAGCAACCACUUCAAGUCCCAACCGAAGUCCAAUUGGAAACCCAGCCUGAAACUGUACAACAAAGUGUAACAUCAACACACUCCGUUCAAUUAAACCAACAGUUGCCACAGUCUAUACCACAAAUGGUCUUCGAAUCCCAACAGAUUUCUGCCUUUGAAAUGAAACCACGCCAAGCUACUUCUUCAGGACCAGCUGAAGUUUAUUUUGAGGAACAGCCUGCUCCUUCCUGGCAGCAAAUUAAUCAACAACAGCCCCAACCGACUUCGUUAAUCACCAGUGCUUCGCAAUCAUUUGCAUAUCAUCGUAUGAAUCUCACACAAACCUUGUUGCCAGAUCGUUAUCCUGCACAUUUUAUACAUCAAUUGCCACCGACGUGCAACACAUUGAAUGGCACAAUCUUGUCCAGCGAGCUGCAGCGCGUACCCAAACAAGACGGGGCAAACAAGGAGCUCCGUCGUGUGUGUCCAACGCCGGAUACAACGCCAACAAAUCUGGCUCAAUCCAUGGUAUCGUCGCCAUCGCCACCACUUGUCGACACAACUAUUUCCACAUCGCCAUCGCUCAGCGAGUCACUCGCCGAAGUGUUUGGCACUAAGAAGAUACGCAACAUUUUGAAUAUUGAGGCGCCACGCAAGUAUCUAGUGCUGGAGAUGCAUCUCCCGGCCAUAGCGUUUAUGCUGGAUGUGGAGCUGGGACGCCUGCGCACUGUCUUGGAAAUGACACAGCGAUUGACACUCGAGCAGCUGCAGCAAAUGUCGCAGGAAUCGCGUGAAAUUAUCACCAUAGAGACGUCCAGCGGGGAGGAGGGCGAUGCUGGAGAACUAUAAAAGCACAAAUCGAGUUGGAUAACAAGAACUUGUCAAAUUUUAGAUUAAUUUUUGUAUAUUAUUCUGUUGUUUCUCUUGAUUUUGUUGUAUCAUGUGCACAGCAGUGGAACACGGUCUAAUAGUGUCUCUAGUCGAUUGAAUUUAUGUUAAUCACAUUGUGAGACGAUAACGACGAUAGCCCAGCGAGAUGCUUCAAAUCGUAUAUAGAAUAGAUUUACUAUAACUGUUUACGAUUCGUAUAGCAUCGCAUAGGUAAUAUGGUCGUUAUUCCAUCACGAACACCACACUGUGCGAAACUGUACUUAAAGAGUUGAACUUAGCUUUUAAAA